AUGAGCCCUCACCAUCUUCUCUCUGUCUGCGCGUACAUCAUCGUUUGCCUCUGCUACUUGCUCGGUCUGGCUACCGCGCUCUCCUUCAGCUUCAACUUCUCCAGCCCCGGCUCCGGCGAUCUCUGCGACAUGGAGCUCAGCUGCGAACGUGACGCAUGGAUGGGUUCUGGCGCCAUCGACCUAACGAGGAACUACAUCGCAGCCAACGUCUUCAGUGUUGGCCGGGCAUCGUACGCUCGCCCGGUGCCGCUCUGGGACGACGCCACCGGCGAGGCGGCCAGCUUCUCCUCCAACUUCACGUUCCAGAUCAAGCCCCAAAACAGAUCGGAAGACAAUGUUGGUCUAUGUAACUCGAGCCUCACCAGCGACUCUAGUGCUGACGGUAUAUCUUUCUUCCUGGCGCACUACCCGUCGAGGCUCCUUCCCGACAGCGGGGGCGAAAACCUUGCUCUUUUCAAUUUCAGUAAUCGCUUCAACGUCACCGGUGAUGCGCGGUUAGUCGCGGUGGAGUUCGACACCUACCUCAACCCCUGGGACCACAGCGACAACCACAUGGGCAUAGACGUCAACUCCCUCAACUCCACGGCCUACACGAACGUGACCAAGCGCCUAGUCUCGAAUGACGCCAUCAUGACCGCCCAAAUCAGCUACGACAACCGCACCGGUCUUCUGGUCGCCCUUCUCCAGAUCAACGGUGACGAGCCGCCAUACAGCAUAAGCACGUCGGUGGACAUGAAGAGGGAGCUACCCCAGCAAGUCUCAGUCGGCUUCGCGGCAUCAACUGGUCUCUGCGCCGCGCUGCACCGUGUGACGUCCUGGUCGUUUAGCUCCACUCUAGAUGAUGCCUCGGUGCCUACCAAUAACAGUCCACGGCGACGCCUACCACCUGUGCAUGUGCUGGUGCCAUCAGCAACAACAGCUUUUCUUGUGUUGCUCUGCAGUGCCGCCGCCAUCAUAGUUCGUCAGCGACGCAAACGUAAGCAAGCUGAGUUCGAGAAAGGGGUAGGACCUAGACGGUACCGCUACUGUGAGCUCGCAGCAGCCACAAAUGACUUCGCGGAGCAGGGGAAGCUUGGGCAAGGGGGCUUCGGUUGCGUCUACCAGGGCAGCGGCCUUAGCGACCACGAGAGCCCGGUGGCCAUCAAGAUGCUCUCCAUGGAAUCAUCUGCGCAGGGGAGGAAAGAGUUCGAGGCGGAGGUGAAGAUUAUAAGCCGGCUCAGGCACCGGAACCUUGUGCACUUGCUAGGAUGGUCCGACAGCGGCAAGAGGCUCCUGCUCGUCUAUGAGCUCAUGCCGAAAGGCAGCCUCGACCGACACAUUUACAGCAAGAAACGUGUGCUCACUUGGCCAGAAAGAUACAAGAUCAUCCUUGGCCUGGGAUCUGCACUACGCUAUCUCCACACAGAGUACGACCAAUGUGUGUUGCAUGGUGACAUAAAACCCGAAAACAUACUCCUCGACUCAUCAUGGAGCACCAAGCUGGCAGAUUUUGGGCUGGCAAGGCUUGUGGAUCAUGGAGCCGGGCCACAGACGACGAAGAUCAUCAAGGGCACUCCAUGGUACAUAGACCCAGAGUUUAUUCACACACACCAUCCGACCCCAAAAGCGGACAUCUACAGCUUCGGCGUCGUUCUGUUGGAGGUAGUGUCCGGCAAGCACCCAGGAAUGGGGAAGAAAGAAAGGGUUAAUGAUGACAUCCCACUGCUCAAUUGGAUCCGGGGCCUGUACGAGAAGGGUAGCAUCCUUGAAGCGGUGGAUGAAAGGCUACAUGGGGACAACCAGCAGCUCGACCACAGCUGUAAGUGGCAGAUGCAUCAUGCGUUGGUCAUCGGGCUCUGGUGCACGCACCCACGUCUAGAGGCGCGACCGUCCAUUGUGCAGCUCAUGAACGUUUUGCAGUCAGAGGACGUCACGCUGCCGGCCCUGUCAUGGCCAUCCCCGGCCACUGACGUUACCCCUGGAUCACAUGGUUACAACAAUGUGUCUACAUCGUCGGCCAAUGCUUGCAGCGAGGUGUCUUGGGCCAGCAGCGGCAGAUGA